AUGGGGCCAGUGUCAAAAUAUCUACAAACCAGUGGCCUUCACUUCAAGGUAGCAUGGCAAAUGGAUGAACAUGCAGUUGAUCAACUGAAUAAAAUUGAUGUCAACUAUCUAAAACAAAAAGCUGAAAACUUUGCAAUAAACACCAAUGAGUUGAUGGAUGAAAGUGAUGUUCUCAACUCCUUGGAAGAUGAGACUACGCUUCCAGUUUUAAGAGUGGCACAAAAAAAAUGCUUGGCUGGAGAAUCUUCACAUGAUGAACGACCUAAAGAUGAAAUGCAAUGUUUUCAAGCUAGUGUGCUCAGACCAAUUCUGGACCAAAUCAUACAAAGCAUGACAGAGAGAUUUUCAAAAAAUAAGCAAUUGGUCAUGGAUUCCCACUACUUGGAUCCUCGCACUUUUCAGAAAAUUAGGAUAGAUCCCAAAGAGCUAGAUGGAGGGGCACUAGAGAAAAUGUCUAAGUUAGCCAAAGUAAAUGAAUGUUCUCUCAAAACGGAAUUAAUACGUUUUGCCAACUUAUUUCCAAAUCUUAUAUGA